CGCACGCGCAGACGGUGUGACAGAGACAAGCAGGCAAAACCGCUAGAUUUGGGGAAUCACACAGGAGCCGCGCGCGACCAUCCCACGUCUCGCCUCAAGUGUUCUUUUGUAGGGGUUUUCCUUCUAUCCUACGCGUUAGGUCGAGUUCCCGGUGACCCCCGGGACCCGCGGAAACUUUUAACGAAGGCGAAGCAACUUACAUAAGUUUGUCGGUGCACUUUUUCCAUCAUCUGCGUGACAGCAUGUCUCUGGCCGUGGACGCUCAGGCGUGAAUCACACCGAGCCCCCGGAGGAACUUUCCGACCGGGUUAACGCUGAACUGGACAGUAUCAGACCCCAAAAGUGAUGUGAUCUGCUCACAUAUUUGUUCCGACCACCGCCUUUUUCCAACAGAAUGCUCCGGUAACGGCAGACGGUGACGCGUGGAUCUAUUCGCAGCAGCGUCUCCUGGAUUUAUUGCCGCUUCGGACCGGAGGCAGCGGGGCCGCCGUGACGCUGAAAACCAGCGGCGCUGAAUCCUCGUGGAUUGGGACGAUGUGCGCUCGUUGCUGAAGGGGAGGAUCUCGACUCCGCCAUUCAUUGAAGCCCCCCCAAAGAUCCCUUGGCUCCUCGCGCGCUCGCUAGAAGCUCCAUGCUGGAGAUAUGGGAUGACUGGAGGCGGGGGUGCACCUGAGGCGAGACCCACGCGAGGGACGAUGUUCGCGCGCGGCGCCGGCACCUCGCUGCUGCCGGGGCGCCUGGUUCUGAUGCUGCUGCUGCUCUCCGCCUCGGAGCCCACGUUCUCCCAGGCGUGCCUGGGGCCGCUCGCCUCCACCAGCGGCUGCAGCUGCAAGGACGAGCGCUCCAAGGCGCACGGCGUCCAGGCGGUGGGGAGGAGGAUCAGCUGCAGCAAGAAGGAGCUGACGGAGCCCCCGGACGUCAGCCUGCUGCCCAACAGGACCGUCACUCUGAUACUGAGCCACAACAGAAUUAAAGUUCUGAGAAAUGGAUCCUUCUUUGGACUUUACACUUUGGAAAGGCUAGAGCUCAAGAACAACUUAAUCAGCACCAUCAUGCCCGGAGCCUUCCAGGGCCUGUCGGAGCUUCGGAAACUGGACCUAUCUGACAACCGCAUCGGCUGCCUGACGGCCGACAUGUUCCAGGGGCUCACCAACCUCACUAAACUAAACCUCUCCGGCAACAUUAUAUCGACCGUGGAGCCGGGAGUGUUUCAGGAGCUGCCGUCCCUCAAGCUGGUGAACUUCAACUCGGACUACUUGUCGUGCGACUGCGGCCUGCGCUGGGUCCCGGGCUUCUUUCGCAGCAGUUCGGUGCGACUGGGGGACGAAACCCUGUGCGCGUUCCCCAGGAGCCUGAGGGGGAAGCCUCUGCGUGGGCUCAGGGAGAGCCAGCUGAGCUGCGACGGCCCGCCGGACCUGCACACGCUGUCGCUGCUGCCGUCCCAGCGUCAGGUGGUCUUCAGGGGCGACCGGCUGCCCUUCCACUGCACCGCCGCCCUGGUGGACAAGCUCACCGCCCUGCACUGGCGCCACAACGGCCAGCGGGUGACCUCCGACCCAGCGAUGGGCAUCCAGCUGGAGAGCAGCGUGGUGCACGACUGCACGUUCAUCACCAGCGAGCUCAUUCUCUUCAACGUACACGUGGACGCCAGCGGCGAGUGGGAGUGUGUGGUUUCCACCGGGCGCGGCAACACUUCACGCAGCGUCGAAAUAGUGGUGCUGGAGAAUAGUGCCUCCUUCUGUCCAGAGGAUAAAGUCAUCAACAAUCGUGGAGAAUUCAGGUGGCCCAGAACCCUGGCAGGCAUCACCUCGCAUCAGUACUGCCUGCAGCUGCGCUACCCCUCCCUGUCUGUGGAGGGCGGUAUAGAGCAGAAGAAAGCCUCCCGUUACUGUGACCGCUCUGGGCGGUGGCAGGAGGGCGACUACUCCAGCUGUCACUACACCAACGGCAUCACCCGCGUGCUGCACACCUUCAUUCUGAGGCCGAUCAACGCGUCCAACGCCAUCACCGUGGCGCAUCAGGUGCGCACGUACACCCUGGAGGCGUCAGGCUUCACCGACUCGGUGGACGUGCUGUAUGUAGCGCAAAUGAUGGAGAAGUUUAUGGAAUACGUCAAACAGCUGCAAGAGUUGUCAGAGGUGCUGGUGGAGAUGGGCAGUAACCUGAUGCAGGUGGACGACCAGAUUCUUGCUGUUGCCCAGAGAGAGAAGAGAGCCUGCAGCUCCAUAGUCCACUGUCUGGAGACGCUGGCCUGGCCACAGCUCCACAGUCACGCACAGGACUUCUCCAUGGUGUCUAGGAACAUUGUGAUGGAGGCCCACCUCAUUCGACCGGCUCACUUCACCGGCAUGACCUGCACUGCGUACCAGCGCCGCGACGCCUCGGCAGGAAGCCUGGGGCCGGAGCCGGCCGACGCCGCCCAUGACCCGGUGCUCCGCUUCCGCUGCAGCACGGGAUCCCACAACACCUCGCUCAACAGUUUCCCCCUGAAGAAUUCCGUCGCCGUGGCCUCCGUCACCGUCCCAGCUACUCUGUUUCCUCCCGAUGCCGCUGCAGACUGCAAGCUGCAGUUCGUAGCCUUUCGUAGCGGCAGUUUUUUCCCGCUGUCCGUGAACUCAAGCGACGGCGGAGGACACGCCCGCAGACGCACCGUCAACACCCCUGUCGUCUUCGUAGGCCUGGAUGGCUGCAGUAUGUGGGACCACUCGGAGCCUGUUUUGGUGUCGCUGCGCCACUUGUCCCCGGGCACUGACGCCGUGGCAGCCCAGUGGGGCCCGCAGGCCCCGGAGCGGCCAGGAGGCUGGAGCCACGAGGGCUGCCAGCUGGUCCACAGUGACAGCAGCACCUCCACCAUGCGCUGCUCUCUGCUGAGUAACUACGCCGUGCUGCAGGUGCCCGACUUCCCCGACCCCUCGUCCAGCCCUGUGAGGGUGCUCCACCCGGUGGUGUACGCGUGCACUGCAGUUCUCCUCCUCUGCCUCUUCACUAUCAUCAUCACUCACAUCCUGCACCACAGCUCUAUUCACAUAUCAAGGAAAAGCUGGCACACUUUGCUGAACACUUGCUUCCACAUUGCCAUGACGACAGCCAUUUACGCAGGAGGCAUAAGCCUGACCAGUUACCCCGUGGUCUGUCAAGCAGUGGGCAUCGCCUUGCACUACUCCUCCCUGUCAACCCUGCUGUGGAUCGGAGUCAGUGCCAGGGUGAUCUACAAGGAGGCCGUGUGGAGGACGCCACGGCAGGCGGAGGGGGAGCCACCCGUUCAACCCACCCAGCGACCGAUGCUCAGGUUUUAUUUGAUAGCUGGAGGAGUCCCUCUUAUCAUUUGUGGGAUAACUGCUGCUGUCAAUGUCAACAACUAUGGAGACAACAGCACUUACUGCUGGCUGGUGUGUCGCCCCAGUCUAGGGUCCUUCUUUGUCCCUGCUGGCUUAGCCGUGUUGGUGACCUGGAUCUAUUUCCUGUGCACCGUGUUUCGCCUGAGGCACCAAGCGACCAAAGAAUGCACAGGCACCACCUUGUCCACCCCUGCGACUGAGUGUCAACCUGCGCUGGCUGGAAGCACCAGUCUCCUCUCCACAGACUCAGCGGUGGGACCUAUAAACGCCGCUGUUCCUCCAGAGGACCAGUACUCACUCAAGUCCCAGUUCCUGGUGUUGGUGGCCACCCACUUCCUGUUUGUGGUGCUGUGGUGUUGUGGGGCCAUGGCGAUCUGGCUGACGGGGACCAAUAGCUUGUUGUUCAGCUGUCUCUAUGGGAUGACUGCCACAGGUUUGGGGUUGUUUCUGGUGGUGCACCACUGUUUCCGGCGUUUAGAUGUCCAAGCCUCGUGGCUGGCCUGUUGCCCAGGUUACCGCCGUGCACAUCCCAUGUCUACUUAUACGCACACCUGCACCACUGGUAGUGGAGUGCAGGCAUCCGAGCAGGGAUCCCAACUUUUCAUCAACUGCCAUCCGCCCGGUGACUCUCACAACUCCUCAUCCGCCCGGUCCUCAUCCACACCAAGCGGAAUCAGUAGCGUGGGCCCUGGACCAUGCAAGCUCACCAACCUGUUGCAGGUGGCCCACGAUCCAAAUAACACUGCACGCGCCCCUGCAAGCAACAACACCAGCACCAGUACUGACAACAUUACCAAGCCCACAAACAAUAUUUUCCCCCCGAUUAACUCUGUAGCCCCAGUGCAUCCACAGAAAAGGAAAGUGAAUAGCAGAACUAAACAAGGAAGCAAUCAAUAUCACCAUCGAAGUGAUGGCAGAGGUCACUAUCGUCUCAAAGCUCUAAGGGCUGCUGGAGGUGGCGGCAGCCUCGGAGCUUUAGGUCCCACAGGUCUAGAGAACCUGAGUUCGCCACAUGCCGUUUACAAACAGGCGACGAGUGAGAACGGCAGCAUCCACCACAGCCUGUCAGAGAACCAGGCUAGCCUCCUGACAAACGGGAAGCAGGCGGGUGAGUCACUAGCCACCAGCCCCUCAGAGGGGAGCGACGGGGGCAGCAGCGGGAGCCGCAAACCAUUCCCCCUCCUGCCAUCGGUGGCCAACAGGGCGGCCAUGCACAGUGCUCAGAGACGGUGCACCAGCAGGGACAACUUGAAGCUUGCUGCCGCUGCUACAGAGCGAGAAGCGAAGCGCUGCUCGUACCCUUUGAACAGUGUCACUACCACUGUGCCGGGGGCUGCCGCCCUCAAUGGCACGCUGAAAAACUCAGUGCUCGAGCUGGACCAGGAUAUGAGCGGCACAGACCAGUCCCAGAGCUCUGCUGGAAUGAGGAGUGGUGUGUGGAAAAGUGAAACCACAGUGUAACCUAUACUUAUAUGUGAACUCCUAUGCAUGACCUUAACGGACUCUUAAAUGACUGGGUUAUGUUUUAAUGGUUGCUUGAUUAUAAUAAUUAUAUAAUUUAAGAUAUAAAACCAUGAAGGCAUCCAGGACCCUAAACUGGUACUUUUGCCUUUGUAGCAUUGGAAGAGUUUGCUGUGAAAUGGUAAAAAAAAAAAUUUUUGUCUUCUGAACAUGAAGUACUCAUUAGUUUUAUUCAUUUCACAGCAAAAUUCAAUGUACACAAUAUCACAGAAAUUGACAUAUGAUGUUGAUUUUUGAUGCCUAAUGAAAGCUUUAUUGUUUUAAUUGUAAUUGUUUUCUAUGCAUAUUAACUAUAGCAUGGAAUGGAAUGCAAUAUGCACCAUUUCCAAAGUACAGAUAUAUGCAUUUAAUCUGUGGAACGUUUCACAUUUAGGUUUGCUUCCAGAAAUUGUUUGCGUGUGCUUAUGUAUGCACUUGUAUGAGCUGUGUGUGUGUGUGUGUGUGUGUGUGUGUGUGUGUGUGUGUGUGUGUGUGUGUGUGUGUGUGUGUGUGUGUGUGUGUGUCAAAAGAAGAAUAAUUGCAUGUGUGUGGCUGUACAGAAUCUUGGAGUGAAUUUUAAAAAGCUUUGCUAAAAUUUUAAAUAUAUGAUGAAAAUUUUUCAUUUAUGUCUUUGUACUCCCACCAGCACUGGCAGCGCUGCCCUUAUCUUAUAAUUUCAGGAAGAAUAAAAAUCAGAGGGGAAAUAA